AUGUCCGACAGUGAAGACUAUGCCUCACCUCCCACUAAAGCCCCGUCCAAGAAGCGCAAGCUAUCUACAAAGGCAACGUCAUCUACAAAGGCGAAACGUGUAAAGAAAGAUCCUUUCGCCGACGCCAAAGACGCCAUACGCACUACUCUCGCAUCUCCAGAUUCAUUCGCACUUCCUGAAGAUGACGGUGAAAUACGUCGUCUUGUCGUCAGUAUCGCCGAAUACGCUCAAAGCCUUGAAAGCAUUACUGCUGCUGCAAACGCGGGCAGACCUGGUGUCGCGCACAAAACAGCAGAGGAGGUUGCAAAGGAGGCUGAACGCAUUGCGACGAUGAUCAAUAAUGGGGUCCGGAAACAAAUGCCGUGGAAGUCAACUUGUAAACAAGGUCAUGCCUUGUACGUGUAUGACGGCGUGUGUACCGAUCCCAGAGUCUUUGGUGCAGUGCUCGGGCUGGACGGACCCCCAACGUUUAAAGCCAAAAAGUACACAAUCAACGAGUUUCAGGCAUGUGUCGGUCAAAUCAGGGCCGAAGUCAGGUACGACUCUCUUGUCCUCACGAGCGGUGUCAACGUUCGUUGGAACGGCGAGACCGGACAGUUCAAGAUUAGCGGCAAGUAUGGCGUUCUACGCUUUUAA